CCAGUUACCAAACCUACCGGGCAAAUCGGGCCAGUCAGUCAAAAGUGUCACCCGCAACCGAGCAGUCCCACAGCCUUGUCAACACUCUAGCCAAACAACAUGCGUACUUGGUAUCACUCUCUGUCCCUCUUCCUGCCUAUAGCUCUGCUACACCUCUUUCCCACCGUUGUCAGUGCAAAGGAGCAAAACUACAUCCCGGACGCAGCCGAGCUGGACUGUCCGGGCAACGUGACGCACGGUUCGGUCACGCUCACCGCCUACCAUCCGCAGUUCGACUCGGACCGCAAGCGCGACUACCUCGAUGCACAGAACCGGAAGCUGUACACGCUGCAGGAGUACCUGGACAAUCGGGCCCCGUACGUGACGGUCGGCAUGGAUCCGGACCUGCAGCUGCCGUACGGGAAGGAGGCCUGCAUACCGGAGCUGAACCGCCACUUCCGGCGCGCCAUCCGGCUGCAGGUGCGGGACACGCACGUCGAUCUGCGCGGCGGCGGCUACCGGCGGGUGGACCUGUGCGUGCGGACGCAGGAGGACAGUUACGACGACAUCGUCAACAUGCUGCAGGUGACGCUGGUACUGUGAGCGCGUGUGUGUCUGUGGUUUAAAUUUAGAGCUCGAAAUAA